UUCUCCAUCAUUGCUCCGGCGGCCGUAUGCAAUUCACACCCCAACUGGAGAAACGAAUCGCCGGCACCAAUUUCUAGCAUACCACGUCCGUCCUGAAGAUUGUCGGUUGGCUGAAACAUCAGUCCUGUGCACCUACAACACCAAGGGACGCGCGGAAAUGGCCGCGGGGCCCUCAAUCCAGACUACGCCUUCCGUGCCUUGCAACCAGCAAUGAAGCGAAAGCAUCACAAAUUGCCAUGUCUGAAGCCUCCCCAAAGUCGAGUCCAACCAAGGCAUCUCGAUCCAUUCGCAGUCGUCGCUACGAAACACUCUCUACGUGGCGCUUCUCAAACGCGCCGCCCAAAAAGCAGAGGGUGCGUAUGCCCGAAUUCAUGCUGAAUAUCCGAGGCAUUCCAUUGUUGCUGUGAUGUCCUGUGUGGGCUCCGUGUUGUUCGGGCUCUGCUACGUACUUCGGGGAGAUACAUCCUAACUCUUUCUUCCAAAGGAGAACCGUUCUGCCGACCAAAAAGACCCAAAAUCGCCACUGCGACCUGGCGAAUCCGAGUCCGAAAUUGAUGGCCAGCCUCGGUCUCUGACCGAUCGAAGGCGGUCAACGGAUACGAACACCUCCAUACCGUGGACAAGAGAAUCAUCCGACUCGCCAAUAAGCGAGAUUGGGUCAAUAUUGGAUCCCUUCUGUGUAUUACCGUCAGACCUACCUAGGGAGGACCAACAACUACUUCAAUUCUACAUCUCUUAUCUCCCCUUUGUCCUGUACGGGACUCGAUCCGACGCCAUUUUCAGCUCCAUUCGAGAUGUCAGCUUGAUCAACACCUUGAAGUCGCCCUUCGUACUGCAAUGGAUGGUGGUCUCUGCGCAAGGUCUUAUGAUAGCCCUCCGAGGAGGCCAAGAGCCCGCGUCUUUUUUCCGCCGAAAGGCAAUUGCGUACCUCACCUUGAAGGAUCAGCUAGAAGAGAGCGCGGGGAACCAGCUCUCUGAUGACUUCAUCAACGGCAUUAUUAUGGCGACGGUGGCUGAGUCGCGGACAUCGUCGCCGGGUGUCUCAAACAUUCAUCUAAAAGCCUACGAAGCCGUCAUUGCCGCCAGAGGAGGUCUCAGGGCGAUUCUUCUCGCUUCAGCCGCUCCAAUGCUGCUCACGAGCCAUUUCAUGCCAUUUAUCGUGAACGAACUGCCACUCGGCGAGUUGGUUUUUCGAAAAGAGCACUUUGACCAAGCUCUUGAGGUCCUCCUAUUUAUUGUCAAAGGACACAACACCGUUGACCCCUCGAAGUUGGUCUUCAGCACCACGUCGAUUCCCAAGUCUCAGCCCAAGUCUCUGUCAUUGGAGCUGACGUUGGACGGAAACUUAUAUCCUCCCCUACUCUCCAGGGCAUUCGCACAGUUCAUCCAGCGAGAUCUAUGGGAAUAUCCAAGGUAUGCCAAGAUAUCUUCUCAUUUUCUCGCGCUGUUCAUCAUGGUGUCAACGCUAUGGAAGUUGCGGGGGAAUGAUUCGCAGCAGCAAUUCUUCAUUGACCGGGUGGACCACCUUUUCAUCAAGAGCAGUGCUCAGGAUCCUCUCGGGAGGUACCUGCUCAAUCUCGAGGGAUUUGGGUGGGUCGUGGUGAAAGCGGGAUUUGAGGUGUACGAAACCCUGGUUGGAAAUAACGUCACGCUUGGGAAUCGAGUGGACAUGGUGGUGGACGCCAUUUGCGGCCUGAAGCUGUUAAUGGUGUGUAGCGAGUCGGUCAGGCGGAAAAUGAUUGCAUUUCUCUGUGGAUGUCUUGUCGACGUUCGCGAGGGACCCGGAACGAGCACGGCAUAGUUGGGUAUGUCCGGAAAGAAAUGGCCAGCAGGCAAUAAUGAUACCUCCGAGGUGACGAAAGCAUCUAUUGUCCACUGUAAUUUACGCAGGCGGGCUAUGUCAUUAUAUCUUGGGUAGAUACCUACGGAAGGACGGGUU